AUGGCCAGCCAACAGCAGGUGAAUCCCAAGAGACAACAGGAGCUCCAGCUCCAAUACUCGAAUUACAAGAACACACUACAACAGUUGGCAUCGAAGAUCGGAGACAUUGAACAGGAGGCGGAAGAACACAAGCUGGUUAUCGAAACCCUCGACCCUCUCCCUCAAGAUCGAAAAUGUUUCCGCAUGGUAAAUGGUGUCUUGGUUGAGCGGACGAUCAAGGAUGUUUUGCCUUCCUUGAAGACCAACUCAGAUGGGCUGAAGCAGGUGUUGGAAGAACUCCUGAAACAGUACAAGACAAAGCAGACUGAAAUGGAUAACUGGAAGAAAACAAAUAAUGUUCAGGUCGUACAGCCCUAG